AUGCGCGGCUGUGGGGCUGGUUGUGAUCGAGUGGAGAGCAGCGGCGGUGGAGCUGAGGAGGUGCGCUUUUGGGCGCGAAUACGCAGCAGCGCUCAGACCCGCGUCGUCAGUGCGGCGCCGUUGCUCCACACCCACUUUGGCCAGAGUGUCACUUUGCGCGUCGUCUUCCACACCAUCCUUCUGCUUGCCUUGUCCUCAACCAGCGUCCCUAUCUUCUCUGCCCUCAGCGCACCCAGCAGAGAAAGCUCGACACAUCGCGGCCACAUCAGAGUGCACACCAGCAGGCCAGUCGCCAUGUCGCGCUCGUCCUACGACCGAUACCUCACCAUCUUCUCGCCGGAUGGCAGGUUGUAUCAGGUGGAAUAUGCGUUCAAGGCGAUCAACACCGCGGGACUCACCAGCAUUGCUGUGCGCGGCAAGGACUGCUCCGUCGUCGUCGGCCAGAAGAAGGUGCCCGACAAGUUGAUCGACGCCUCGAGCGUGACGAACAUCUUCAACCUGACGCCCGAGAUCGGGUGCAUCAUGACCGGCCGCGUUGCGGAUGCACGUGCGCAGGUGCAGCGGGCGAUGAUGGAAGCUGCCGACUUCAAGUACAAGUACGGGUACGCCAUUACUCCCGAUCUUCUCGCCAAGCGUAUGGCGAACAUGAACCAGGUGUACACGCAGCGUGCUGCCAUGCGUCCCUAUGGCGUAAGCAUGAUCCUGGUCGGUAUCGACGCCGAACGUGGACCGCAGAUCUUCAAGAUCGAUCCGGCGGGAUACUUUGUCGGCUUCCGUGCGACUGCUGCGGGAGUGAAACAGACCGAGGCGACCAACUUUUUGGAAAAGCAGUUUAAAAAGGCGUCGACCAACCCUACGGAUGCAGCCUCGGCGAAUGAUGCAGCGGCAAUCGAGGCCGAGCAGGUGUCGGCGAGUCUGUCGCUGGAACAGACACUCGAUCUGGCAGUCAACACCCUAGCGACCGUGCUGGCACAGGAUCUCAAGCCAAGCGAACUCGAAGUCGCCGUGGUCGGCGGUCCCAAUGCUGCUGCUGCCCAGAUCCAAGACGGCGCCGACUCGGCAGGAUUGCCCAAGCAGGUGCAGGAGGAAACGAGGUUUAGAAAGCUCACCGAGACGCAGAUUGGCGAAAUCCUCGACCGUCUCGCCGAACGCGACUAG